CGGCUCGGCUCAGCUUGGAUCCGUCCAGAGCAACAUGCAGGAUGGCGACCAGUGUGGAGACAGCCGCGGAACACGAACGCAUCCUGCGGGAAAUCGAGAGCACCGACACCAACUGUAUCGGACCGACCCUCCGGUCGGUGUACGACGGUCGGGAGCAUGGCCUCUUCGUGGAGAAGCUGGACGUGCGGAUCAGGAACCACGACCGGGAGAUCGAGAAGAUGUGUAACCAUCACUUCCAGGGCUUCGUGGACUCCAUCACUGAGCUGCUCAAAGUGAGGGGGGAGGCGCAGAAACUCAAGUCCUUGAGAUGUACAGCAGACUUCAGGAGCAGAUGAGGGCCAAAAGGUACUACCCUGCGCUGCGGACCUUGGAGCAGCUGGAGCUCACGUGUCUCCCGCGGGCCGGAGAGUACCGGUUCUGCUCCAUCAUGGCGGAGAACAUCCCCAAGCUGAGGACGCAGAUCCGGGACACGGCCAUGACACAGCUCAGAGACUUCCUGGAGAGCAUCCGGAAACACUCGGACAAGAUCGGAGAGACCGCCAUCAAACAGGCUAAGAUUCAGCGCUCGUUGGACAGUUCUGUGUCCUCGCAACCGAGGGCCCUGAUUGGACGACGCAGAAAAGAGGCGAUGAUGAUGAUGAACGUCAAUGGAAUCGAUGGCACUCCGGUGUCCGAACAGGACUCUGGGAUUCUGGAUGUGGAGGAUGAAGAAGAGCAGGAAGAGGAAGAGGAGGAGGAUGUCCCAGGAGCUCAGGAUUUGGUGGAUUUCUCUCCAGUUUACCGCUGUCUGCAUAUCUACACUGUGCUGGGUUUGCGUGAUGUGUUUGAGAACUACUACAGAAAGCAGCGGAGGAAACAGGCUCGCCUCGUUCUGCAGCCACACUCUAACAUGCAUGAAACUCUGGAGGGAUACACGCGGUACUUCAAUCAGAUCGUCGGCUUCUUCGUGGUGGAGGAUCACAUCCUUCACACCACGCAGGGUUUGGUGAACAGAGCGUACGUGGAGGAGCUCUGGGAGUUAGCGCUGUCCAAACUCAUCGCCGCGCUGAGGACACACUCCUCGUACUGUGACAACCCCAACCUGGUGCUGGAUCUGAAGAACCUCAUUGUGCUUUUUGCUGAUACACUGCAGGGUUAUGGGUUCCCCGUGUCGCAGCUGUUCGACAUGCUGCUGGAGAUGAGAGAGCAGUACGGAGAGAUCCUGCUCAAGAAGUGGAACAUCACCUUCAGGCAGGUGUUGGAUCAGGAUAACUUCAGUCCGAUCCCAGUGUCAACAGAGCAGGAAUACAAAAACUACACUUCCCAGUUUCCCUUGCAAGACCCUGAACUGGACAAGCUUCCCUUCCCCAAGAAGCUUCCCUUCUCCGAGUUUGUGCCAAAAGUCUACUGCCAGCUCAAGGAGUUCAUCUACGCCUGUCUGAAGUACUCUGAAGACCUGCAUCUCAGCUCCACGGAGGUAGACGAUAUGAUUCGCAAGUCGACCAAUCUGUUGUUGACCAGAACCCUGAGCCACUGUCUGCACUACGCCAUUAAGAAGAAGAAUGUCGGGCUGGCAGAGUUGGUGCAGGUGAUCAUUAACACCACCCACCUGGAGCAGAGCUGCCACUUCCUGGAGGAGUUCAUAUCGAACAUCACUAACGUCCCGCCGGACUCUGCAAACGCCACCAAACUCUACGGGAUGUCCACCUUCAAGGACGCUCGUCAUUCGGCCGAGGCGGAAAUCUACACAAACCUCAACGCCAAAAUCGACCAGUUCCUGCAGCUGGCUGAAUAUGAUUGGAUGGUGGCGCUGCAAGGGGGCGGGACUUCAGAGGCCAGCGACUACCUGAUGGACCUCAUCGCUUUCCUGAACAGCACCUUCAGUGUGUUCACCAACCUGCCUGGUAAGGUGGCGCAGACGGCCUGCAUGUCGGCCUGUAAACACAUCUCCACCUCUCUGAUGCAGCUGCUGCUCGACCCCGACGUCAGGCAGAUCUCCAUGGGAGCGCUGCAGCAGCUCAACGCAGACGUCAAGGAGUGUGAGGGUUUUGCCAGAGCCGGCCCGGUCGCAGGCUUCCAGGGUGACACGUUGCUUCUGGCCUUCAGUGACUUGAGACAAUUGCUGGAGCUGUUCACUCAGUGGGACUGGAGCUCCUACCUGGCUGACUACGGGAAACCCAGCUGUAAAUAUCUGAGAGUGAAUCCACACACUGCUCUGACCCUGCUGGAGAAGAUGAGGGAGACGAGCAGGAAGAACAACGUCUUCGCUCAGUUCAGGAAGACGGACCGAGACCGACAGAAACUCAUCGACACCAUCAUCAAACAGCUGCGUAACCUCAUCGCCCAGCAACAGGCCUGAAGCGAGCCGUCUGAUUGGCCCGCAGGCCUGAAGCCACCGUCCUGAUUGGCUGUUUUCAACCAUCCUGCCUUCAUCGUUCUGUUUGCAACCGUCUGCUGAUCUAUGCACCUUAACUUCGCCAAACUCCACUGAACAAACAACGUCGUCGCGGUUCCUUUGACACGCUUCUUCCUGGAUAACAGACACAACUUCUGGGGAUACAAGAAGUAUUUUCACAGCUUGUGUUUCACUUUAUCAACCCCUAACUUAACCAUGUUAUAGGUUACUUACUGCCCUUAAUCCAAACUGAGUAGUCUAUUGAUUGGAGACGAGUAAGGAAAGACGUCUUUAGUUAUCUUAUUGGUCUUUGUGGUCAAAAAACAAGGAAUAUUACCAAAUUACUUACUUAUCAUAUUAGAUCUUGUUCCCACAAAAGUCAACAUUAAAGUGGCAUAUGUUAUUGAAACGAUGUGGUUAUUGAAACUAGCGAGAAAAGUAGUUAUUAAAACUCUCAAUCUACUUGUUGCAUUUGACAUAUUUCUAGGUGUGCAGCUUGGUAGCCUUUUUUUUUUUUGUAAGAAGUCACAUUUUCAGAGGUUUUUUCUUUGUACCACAAGCUUCCAAUUCCUAAAAUGUAAGCAGUGUGUCCUCACCCUCUUUAUAUUCUCCUUUCAUGUCUUCCACGUUGCUCUUUUCUCACUGUGGCACAACAUAUUGAAUGUACAUCAGAGAGGAAGCAGCCCGCAAAGCACUGAGAUCAAGGUGAGGUCUGUCAAAAUAAAAAAACUAGAAUGUUCCGUCAGUGUUGUCUAAUAAAGGGGGAUAUUAACGCAACAUGGCAACCCUUUCCCCUCUUUAAAUACAACCUGCAAACACUUGAAUGGGCGACAAUGCUCAGACCUGGGUUCCCUCUUCUUCACGAUUGUAAACAAAGUGGGGGUUUAAAAGAGGGGAUGUUGUCCAAACAUGGCAACCCAUUCCUCAGCUUUCAGUCAAACUUGAUCAGGUGUUGCCAGAGCGUUUUUUCUACUCUAAAUGUAUAAAUAACUGGGUCUUAAAGAGAGGUUAUCACCCCCCAAAAUUGACAAAUAGACUAAUGUUGUAUAGGAACCAUUGUACUAACGCCAAGCACACACACUUUCAUGUCUUCCGUAAACCAAGCAGUGUGUGUGUGUGUGUAGGUUUGUUUAGUUGGAGCACAGCACAUAUUACAUUAGAUUAUUUUUAUUAACUUAUAUGGGUCUUUUUGUUGCUUGUUUUUCCUUCAACUUGGGUGCAAUAAUAGCAUUGGAAACUACAGCGAUGUGUGUGUGUGUGUGUGUGUGUGUGUGUCAGUGCGCUUUAUAAAGGGAUUCAAACGUACAGUGUGUGUGUGUCAGAAGGGAAUUUAAGUCUUCCUCUUCCUUACAAUCUGUUGCCGUUUGAUUUACUGAGCGACAACGCGUCGUGUGUGUUUGAGUUCACGUGUGUGUGUGUGUGUGUUUUCCAUCCAUCCUUGGCUGUGUGUCACUUCUAGGUGUUAGAAAGGGAACGGGCCGUCGUUAUUGAAUGUGCCUUUGCUGUAUUUUGGGUUAUUUUCCUGCCAAUGAAGCGCCAACACUGCAGAGUUUGGAGUCUGGAGACUUUCUGCGAUAUAAAUUACGUAUUUGUUGUCGCAUUUCAUUCUUUACGGUUUGCAGAUAUCCAUUCAAACUCACUAGUUGUAGUUGUAUUAGUAAAUGACCUUUGCUCUUUGUCCAGACUCCUCUCGCUGCAGGCGUUGCCGUUUACUUUGUAUUUUGUAAAAAGCAGAACUCUUUACUGAGACAGAAGCACUGUAUACGCUGUUGUAUUAAAACCACUUAUGAAUGAAACUUAAGUCAAAUACUAAUAAAACGGCAACAAAUAUGAA